UACCAUUAUUAUGCAAUAAAAGGAAGUGUCAUGAACACAUUGUUUUUUCUUUAACACUACACUCAACAAGUUCUUUCACUAGCAACACAAUGUUUAAUGUUGUUGUCUUCAUGACAUCUUUUGUUACAAUCAUUUUUCAACUUCUUUUGUUCUUUCCUUUAACAUCUUCCUUAGUUGAACCAUCUUUGCUUCAAAAAAAUUCAUGCAAUGAAACAUGUGGAAAACUCCAUAUACCUUUUCCAUUCUACAUAAACAACACUUCAUGUUCAUCACUCUCAACUUCUUUCCACCUAACUUGUUCAAAUUCAUCCACCCUUUUGAUCAAAAUAGGUUCACAAAACUAUCCCAUUUUAGAAUUCUUUUCAGAUGGUUUAUUAGUAGACUUUCCCGGAACAUCAUCAUGUCGCCAAUACAACGAUUUGAAUUCAUUCGGCGAGAGGUUUUUCGAUGGAAAAAACUACUUUGGUGUAUCAGUUGAUAAUGUUGUUGGUCUAUAUGAUUGUGAAGAUUCUUCACUUUGUAAAGCUGAUUGUGAAACAGUUAAUCUUCCUGGUUGUGAUGGAAGUGUUGGUGGUGGUUCUCUUGGAUGUUGUUAUCCACUUUCUGAUCAUACUAUAUGGCAUAUUGGUGAAGGUUUUUCUGUCUUUUCAAAAUUUGGAUGUAGGGGAUUUUCUAGUUGGACUGUUUUAAGAGGUUCUUAUUCAGGUAAAAGAGGGGUAAAAUUGGAAUUUGGUAUUCCUAGGAACUUAUCUAAGGAGAUUUGUGCUAAGAAUGCAGAUAUGGUGAAUGCUACAUCAAUUAAAGGUGGUGUAAGAUGUGUUUGUGAAGAUGGAUAUGUUGGUGAUGGUUUUGCUAAUGGAACUGGAUGCUUAUUUUCAUGUAUCAAAAAUGGAAAGGAAGCAUAUGGAAGUGAUUGCUACAUCAAAAGACAUGAUCAAAGAAAAAUGGUCAUCAUUGCUGGAAUCCUUUGUCCAAUUCUUAUUGUUGCAUCCUUAGUUGCACUAUUCUAUCUUCUAAAAAGAAAACAAAAGCCAGGAAUGUUCGAUUCCGAACAAGCAUAUUACCACAACAUUUCAUUCCGAAAAGCAUGUAGAACGCGACUUUUCAGCCACCAUGAGCUAGAAGAAGCCACCAAUGGUUUUGAAGAUAGCCGAAAACUCAUGCAAUGCAAUAACAGCACAAUUUUUGCUGGUGUUAUUGGUGAUGGAUCACAUGUAGCUAUACACAAGUUAUCGAAAUGCGAGAACGAUAAAGAUAUGAUGCAAGUCAUGUCACAAAUUGAAGUCCUAUCUUCUAUUGUGCAUAGAAAUGUUGCAUCAAUCAUUGGUUGUUGCAUUGAUUCUAACUACAUUCCUUUAGUUGUUUAUGAAUAUCCUGCAAAUGGUACCUUGGAGGAUCAUUUACACCAAAACAAAGGGCAAAAAUGGCAAAAAAAUGGUUUUUUAGAUUGGUAUAGAAGAUUGAAUAUUGCAACAGAAAUAGCUAGUACUAUUGCAUUGUUACAUUAUGAUAAAUCACCUCCAAUAUUUCAUCAUAACCUAAAGUCUAGUUGCAUAUUCCUAGAUGAUGAUUUUUCAGUCAAGAUUGCAGGAUUUGGAAUACUUAACUAUGAUCACAUGAAUUACGAAAAUCGCGAACGCUUUCGCUUGUGCAAAAACGAUGUCUAUGACAUAGGUGUGUUACUACUUGAGAUAAUCUAUGGAUCAAAUCAAAUGGACUCACCUACAUUAGCCUUGAAGAAAAUAAGAGACGGAAAGAUUGAAGAAAUCGUUGAUCCGGUUCUUAAUUAUCACGAACAACCGCGGACAUGUCAAGAACAGAUACUUAUCUUUGCUGAUCUUGCAACAAGAUGUUUGCUAUUUAGUGGAGAUGGAAAAAUGGGAAUGAUUGAUGUUGCUAGAGAAUUGGUUCAUUUGAGUAAAGAUAGUGUUGAUGGUGGAAAUGUGACAGGACUUGUUCUUGAAGAAACAUUCUCAAAUUCAAGUCUUCUUCAAAUGAUAUCUUUGUCUCCUGAUUCUAUGAAUGUUCCUUGAAUUUCAAUAUUCAAUUAUGUUUGUUAGCAAAAACUAUGUGUGUGUGGAUUAGAAAUUUCCUACUAUUGUACAUUUGGUAUGGAUUAUAAAC